AUGAGAAAGAAGAAGAAAAAAAAAAUAAGAACUGAGAGUUUAGGAAAAACUGUUGAACAUCUUCCAGCUAUAGGCAAAUAAUUAACUUCAAUUAAAACUUAAUCUUAAAUGGAAUAAUCAAAUGUUUAUUCCAAAAGUAGUACUACUAAAUAGAAUUUUGAAUUUAAAUAAAUAUCAUUAGAUGGCAAUAUAAAUCAUUUAGAAAAAAAAGAAGAAUUAAGUCAAAUUUUUUUGAUUAAUUCGUAGACUCAAUCAAAUAAUUUAAUUUAAACAGAUAUCUUGGAUUAGCAUGAAUAUGACAAUAAGAUUAUAGAAGAAUCAAUCAUUAAAAAUUAAAAUGAAUAAAAUUCAAAAAACUAUUUCGAUUUAACUGAAAGAUCUUAAAUUAGUAAUAAUAAUUAUGAUACCAAUUAAAAUUUUUAUGUAGAAUCUUAAAGUUUUUCAAAAAAAGAAGAUGUUUAAAAUAAACUUAAAAAUAAUCUUUAAGAAAAGAAUUAGGAAUCUAAAGAUCACUAGAAUUUAAUUCCUUAAAAUGAGAUUGAUCAUAGUAGAGUUAAUGUUUAAUAAAAAUAAGAUUAAGCUUAGGAAUUUGAUUAAAUUUAAAAUUUUGAUUAAGAACAGAAAAAUCAAUAAUUAAUCCCAAAUUAAGAAAUAUAUUAUAAUGGUUAAUAAUAAAAUGAAUUAGAAGAUAAAAAAAAUUUUCAAUUUAGAAAUUAGAAAACUUUUAAGUAGGAAAUUGAAGAGAAAGAUUAAUUCUUUCAAAGAGAUCAAUUAAUAUAAAAUCAUUACAAUUAUAUAAUUAAUUAAUUUUAAAAUAAUGAAGAGUUGACAGGAAAUUCAAAAGAAGACUAUUUAAGGGAAAUUUAACAAUUUUAAAAUAAAUUAAUUGAAAAGGAAAAAAUAAAUGAUGAUAUUGAUAAAGAAAUUGAAGUUGUUAAUGAAUAAUAAUCAAAACAUAAAGAUGAAAAUAAAUAAAAAACAAGGAAGAAGAUAAUGAAAUUUCACACAAAAUUCAAAUGAAUGUAGUGUAAAAGAAUUAAUCAAAAAAUUAAUUUAUUACAAAAUAAAGUAGAAGUAAGUAAUCUUAAAGAAGAUAAGAUCUGAAAAGUUAAUCUGGAAGUUAAAAAUAAUUAAAUCAUAAAGGUACUUUAAAAAAACAAUUAACAAUAGAGUCAAAAAAAUAAAACGAAGAAAAUAUAACAUUUUGUUGAUUUAAAAAAAAUUAAUGCUAGCUUGCAUAAUAAGCUUUCCCCCAUUUAUUAUAAACACUACAAAAAUAUGUACUUUUCUUAGCAUAAACUUAAAGCCCUAUUUAUUAAAAUAGUGUUUGGCAGCUAAUUAUAUAUUAUAAUAUUUUUUUUUAAAAUACUAUGAGCUAAAUAUUUAUCAAAUUCUACAUCUCUAUUUUUUUUGAACAAACAUUAAUAUAAUAUUUCUUAUGAAAUAGCUGAUGAUUUUCAAGAAAUAGAGAGUGAUCACGAAUUAAUUUCUAAUGAAAAACAAACAAAACAUAAAGAAUCAGGAGCUAAAUAAAAUGGAAAAGUAGAUUAAUAAUCAAAAUAGAAAGUAGCAAUUGAAAAUAAAUAGAAGGUUGUUUUGACUGAUAAAGAAAAAAUGGAUGAAAUUAAAAAUAUAUGGAAAGAAAAGGGAUUAGAUGAAUUUAAGGUGAAAUAAUUAUAAUCAACUAAUUCAAACUCAAUAUUUAAAGCAAUAACUCCAAAUAUUAUCAAUCGUCCAAAGAAUCCAUAAUUAAAAUACAUUUAGAGGAUGCUUUAAUGCAUAGAUGAUUCAAAACUAGAAGAUUACUCAGAUAUUGUACCUAAUUUUUAGCAUUUAUUUAGUGGGUUUUUUAAUAAUAGUCCUCAUUAUAAUCAUUUGGAUGUAAUGAGAGAUAUAUUUUCAAUUUUUUCUUAAAAUAUAGAGAAAGUAGAUAAUGUUGAAUCUUUAUUAUGUAUAUACAAAUAAAAUCCUUUGGCAAUAAAUCCAAAUGAACUAUAUCAGAUGUAAUGAAUCUGAACCAGUUGUACUACAAAAAUAUCUUAAGAAUCCUAUUUAUUGAAGGGACAUAAAUUUGAUAUGAGAAUUUAUGUAUUAGUAACAUCUUUUAAUCCAUUAGAAGUAUUUCUAUAUAAAGAAGGAUUUGCUCGUUAAACUACUUAACCUUUUACUUUAGAUAACAAUGAUCUCAAAAAUUAACUUGUUCAUCUAACCAAUUUUGCAGUUUAAAAGACUCAUGUAUAAAUCUAAUAUUUGGAAUAAUAAUUAGGAGGUUGCAAAAUAUCUUUGAGAUAGUUAAGAGAAAAAUUAAUAGAUUAAAAUAUAGAUUGGAAUAAAAUCUGGGAAUAAGUUUAGGAUUUUAUUUUAAAGUCUUUGGUUGCUUGUCAAUCAGAAAUACCAAAUAAUCCUAAUAGUUUUGAGUUAUUUGGUUAAGAUAUUAUAGUUGAUACAAAUUAAAAAUGUUGGCUAUUAGAAGUUAAUGUUUCUCCAUCUUUAGCUAGAGAUUAUAUUUUAGAUGAAUUGAUAAAAUAAUAGUUAAUUGAUGAUAUAUUUGAUUUGAUAGAUGGCCUAAUUAUGAUCGAUAAAGACUUUGUGAAGUGUUAGAAAGAAGAAUUUAAGAAGAAUAAGGUUGAAAAUCUGUCAUUAAUACAAUGAACAAUUCUAAAUUACAAUUAUAGAGAGAUUUAAAUUAUAUUUUGAAUGGUACUCAUUUAAGGAGAUAUGGGGAAAUGCCAAAAUAGAUGGGAGGAUUUAUGAGAUUGGCACCAUCAGAAAAAAAUGAUAAAUUGAGAUCUUUAGUUUAGAGUUAUAAAACUAUUAAUGGUAGAGGUACUAUUGAUUGA